CUUCUACCGCCGCUAGGGGUAUCGGUGCUGCUGCGGCCUGAGAGCGCGGCGGCUUUGAGGGCGCGGGAGCCGUAACGAGCGCCGGCGAGGGCAGGCAAGAGGGUGGGAAAGCCGGCGGGAGCGGAGGGCGGCGCCGGAGGAGGGCGGCGCGUGGCUGACUCAUCCCUCUGGAAGAUCUAACUGACGGAGACAAACCCUCGUCAAACCCGCCCGCCCGCGCCACCCCUCCUCAGCCGGGAGGCGCCCGCCCGCACCGCCCACCGCCCUCUCCCCGCCCGGCAGCCUGGGAGAAAGUUUUUCUUGUCGGAGGGACCCGAGCCGCCGCGGGCCUUUCGGAAGAGAAGGGGGACAGGAAAGGAGGCGACCGCCGCGCGGGCCCGGGGAGUGCAUGGUGCCCGGCGCCUCGGCUGCCAGUCAGGAGGACAUCGGGGCGGGGUCGGGCUGAGCCGAGCUCCUUCUUCCCCCAGCCUCGCCAGAAAUCGCUCUCCCGGACUGCCGCGGGGGUCCCCGCUCCUCAGCCCGCCAUGUCCCGGCUGCUGCCGCUGCUGAGGAGCCGGACCGCGAGCAGCUUGAGGCCGGGCCCGGCCGCCGCGCCCCGCCCGCCGUCCUGGUGCUGCUGCGGGCGGGGGCUGCUGGCGCUCUCGGCCCCCGGCAGCUCCCGGGGGCUGGGCACCCACCCCAAGAAGGAGCCCAUGGAAGCGCUGAACACGGCGCAGGGCGCGCGCGACUUCAUCUACAGCCUGCACUCCACCGAGAGGAGCUGCCUGCUCAAGGAGCUGCACCGCUUCGAGUCCAUUGCCAUCGCCCAAGCACGCAGAUAUCCCAAACCUGAGAUUGCCAUUGUGAAGCGAGCGAAGAAGGUAUCAUCAGCAGAGACCCCUGAUAGUUUUGGUAUUUCAAGAUGUUCCAGUCAACUGACAAGGACUUCUCCUCACAGUGUCAGAACUGUAGUGAUGAUGAGAGUAAUGCAUCUAGCAAAUAGUUCUGAAAAAUUGGAAGCACCACCACCCACACCAGGACAGCUGAGAUAUGUAUUCAUCCACAAUGCGAUACCUUUCAUAGGGUUUGGCUUUUUGGAUAAUGCAAUUAUGAUUGUUGCAGGCACCCAUAUUGAGAUGUCUAUUGGAAUUAUUUUGGGAAUUUCAACUAUGGCAGCUGCUGCUUUGGGAAAUCUUGUGUCAGAUUUAGCUGGACUCGGACUUGCAGGCUACGUUGAAGCUUUGGCUUCCAGAUUAGGCUUGUCAAUUCCUGAUCUUACACCAAAACAAGUGGACAUGUGGCAAACACGUGGCAAAGCUGUUGGGGUGACUAUUGGCUGCAUUCUAGGAAUGUUUCCUUUGCUUUUCUUUGGAGGAGGUGAAGAAGAUGAAAAACUGGAAAAGAAAAAUUAACUCUCUUAGAAUAUCUAUGAAAAGAUGUAAACUAAUGUACCUCAAUUACUAAAUAUGCUGUCACAACAUUUAGGAAUUAAGACAAUAACAGUGUAUAGAUAUGGGAUCAAAUAAUUCAGCAUGUAUUAUGGAAAACACUAACUUAUUGUGGCUUGGUUUUCUUAGGACAUCUUUUUAAAAAAAAUGUUUAGUAUCAUUUUGUGUAAAUUGUUGAAAUGCUUUUUCAUCAGUAGCAGUCAACAUUUUACCUUUUUCUUUACAUAUCAAAAUAUCAUUUAAGUAUCAGUCGUUGGUGUACUGUACUCAGUUGGGGUUUGCCUAUCUGUUAUUUCAUGUGUGUGCAUGCAUGAAAGGGUCUUCUGUUCUCUAGUUACAAUUCAGCCUUGAGACUUUUUCCAAAUUAUGGACGAUAUUUAAUAUAAGUUAAAGGUUUUUCUUUUUACUCUAUUUGGCACCAUCAAUUUUGUACUGUUUUACAGUCAACACUUAGAAUCAUAUCAUUUCAGUCACCUUUUUAACUCAUCCUACUCAAGAUAGACCACACUUCAAGCAUUUUAAGCAUCUGUUACUCAUUUCAGUUUUCUGACCUCACUGUCUCAAGAGGUUAAUCAGAAUGAGUAAUUAUGUGGUGUCCCUACUACAUAAAACCACAAAUGUUAAUAAGUGUAUUUUCAGUUGAUUUUUUAACCUUUAAUUUCUCAAUUUUGAAUUAUUACCUGGUGGUUUCUAACUCCUUAGGGGAAGAAAAUGAUUAUUUUAAGGUCUUUUAUAAAUGAGGAGUAUGGAAUUAGGGUAAAACAAGGGGUUUGACAUGACACUCGGAAAUUAAGAGGCUAGAACAUCUUUUUAGAGAAGAAGAAAAUGGGAACUGUCGAGAAGGCUUACGGUAUAAGCGGUAAAGUUGUGCUGUUUAGAGGGUUAAUGAGAUACAAAUUAUAUUGUUUGGGAUGGAUUUCUUUUCCCCCAAAGUGUCUCCUCAUCUGAUUUGAAUGAAUCUGACUACCCCAUACUCAUAAUCCUGAUGUCUUGUCUCAUUUAGUGAAUUCUAUUUUGGGAUAACUCACUUUGAGCUAAAAACUACAUAUUUUAUAUUUUGCCUUUUUUUGCUAUGACUAGUCUAGUAGUCAAAAGUUACGCGAGGAGAAAUCUUUGUUUUUUGUCUUUUUUCUUCUUUUGUGAUGUUCAAAUAAUAUUCUAGGUUGAAAUUACUUAUGUUCAGCCUUCUAUAUCUGACAUACAUAGUAUAACUAUAUAUGAAUCAUAAAUUUUAAUUUUAUGAACCUUUAAGUUUGUUAGCAUAUGGUCUGUAACACCAUAUGCUAAAAAAUUACUCUUACUUGUUAAGAGUAAACACAUCAUGGAGGAGAGAAACUGAAGUUAAAAUUACUGUUUGGGCCACUGAAAUUAUUUAUAUUGCUAAAUAGAUACAAACGAAGGGAAACUUCUAAGAUGGCUGUAUUUUACAGGUACCUUAUUUUGAAGUUUUAUUUGCACAUGAUUACUUUGACCUCUUAUUUUCAGAGGGGCUGCUUUUUCCCACAAAGCAGUUUGUCAUAAAUUAUGCUCUGUGAAUUUCAAAAUAAUUUAAAGGUUUCCUUCAAUCAUAGGUUUUGAGGGAAAAGAAGAAAAUAAAUCAUAUAAUGUAAAAAUAUAUAACAUUCUUAUUAUGUACAAAUAAUACAACAGUCUCAUUUGAUCAAAUUAGAAUUACAGAAGUUGACUCCUUAAACAGAAUUGUGGUUUUACUUUCCACCUAGUACUACACACACACCAAAAAGAAUUUCUUUAUUACUUCAGCUGAUAGGAUUCAAGUGCUUAUUUAAACAGUUUUUUUUGGGGGGGGGGUGGGGGGGGGGAAACGUUUAAGUGCUUUUGUUCCUAACUUGUAUAUUGCCAGUCCUUUCUGUUUUCUAAAAAGUAUUUUAUUGUGGUGCUUAAAUUUUCUUCUUAUUAAUUAAAUCCCAUAUCCAGAAACCUUGCCUGUGAGUAUAGAAAGGGCUUUUAAUUAUUGGUUUCCACUCUUUGCUCUUGGAAGUAGUCCUACAGAAGCUUUCAGCUUAGCUGAAUGUCUGCAGAAUUAUUUAAGGUGUCAAAACGUAGUAUAUAUAGCCUUCAUGUUGAAAGAUCUUUUAAUUUAUGGACAUAAUAAACAUUCGAAUCAUUCAGAUAAUUAGUUUUCAAAAAAUGGAGCCCUUUGUCCUUAACUUAAGUUCACAUCUUUUCAAGAUCUUAUUCUACCUGAGUAUUGGUGCUUUGCACAACGUGACUUCUGAAAAAUGGUUCCCUUUAAGAUAAUGACGUCAUAAAAUCAUUGUUUCAUGGUACUUGUCACAAAUAACCUUAUUUGAGAUUGAAACUGGAAUCUUAUUUCUCAUAUUAGCUAUUUCUUUGUUGGAAGCACCAUACCUAUACUUAAAUGGAACAUGAGCUACUUUAGUACUGUUUGUUUGAAAAUCAUGUUGUCUGUGUAUUACGAUUUAUUGACCUGUUGAUGCAUGUAAAUUGGGUGCAUUUUGUUGCCACUGUAUGUUAAAUGGUGACCAAUGUUUUUACAAAGGAAUUGAACAAAAAAUAUCUUUUAAGAAA